ACUCACUCAAGAUGUACUCGUUAGGAAGGAGGUCGAUGUUAUUCGAUGGCUUCCCUGACCCCACUGAUACAUGGGAUAUAUGCGAAACUAUUGGCAAAGGAACUUAUGGGAAGGUCUUCAAAGUAACAAACAAGAAAAAUGGAAGUAAAGCAGCAGUGAAAAUCCUAGAUCCGUUUCAUGAAGAUAUAGAUGAAGAGAUUGAAGCAGAAUAUAACAUUCUGAAAGCUCUUUCCGAUCACCCCAAUGUAGUAAAGUUCUACGGAAUGUAUUUCAAGAAAGAUGUGAAGACUGGGGAUCAGCUAUGGCUUGUUCUAGAGUUAUGCAAUGGAGGUUCUGUUACAGAGCUUGCAAAGGGCCUUCUAAAAAGAGGGGAGCGGAUGAGUGAACCCAUUAUUGCCUACAUCCUCCAUGAAGCCAUGAUGGGCCUGCUGUAUUUGCACCAACACAAAACCAUCCACCGAGAUGUCAAGGGAAAUAAUAUUCUACUUACGACAGUGGGAGGGGUGAAACUGGUAGAUUUUGGUGUUUCUGCCCAGCUCACUAACACAAGGCUCCAUCGAAACACCUCUGUGGGCACCCCAUUUUGGAUGGCACCUGAGGUGAUUGCCUGUGAGCAGCAAGUGGAUACAACAUACGAUGCCAGAUGUGAUGUCUGGUCCCUUGGAAUAACAGCCAUUGAGCUCGGAGAUGGAGAUCCUCCAUUGGCUGAUUUGCACCCUAUGAGAGCACUUUUUAAAAUACCAAGAAACCCACCUCCAACACUACGUCAACCUGAACUAUGGUCUGCUGAAUUCAAUGAUUUUAUAAACAAAUGCCUAAUAAAGGAUUUUGAAAAACGUCCAACAGUUUCUGAUCUUUUGGAACAUCCCUUUAUCAAGCAAUUAAAAGAUAAUGAAAAUGCACUGCAAAAACAGCUAAUGGAACUCAUAGACAUCCAUCAGCAGAUGGGGAUUAUGGCGAAGAAAAGACAUGAGAGGAUUAAUACCAAGAAGGGGCACUUUAAAGAAUCUAUGGCGCCCAACCAGGAUGAUGUGGAUGAUUUAGCGACUCUGGAAGCCCUGGAUGAGAAUACAGUAACUGAUCAGCUGCAAAAAAGGUACAACAGGGACCAGAUAUACACGUACGUGGGGGACAUUCUGGUCGCAGUUAAUCCCUUUAGACCAAUGGAUCUUUAUUCCUCGCAGUAUUCACAGAUGUACAUAGGAGCCAAGCGAACCGAUAACCCUCCGCAUAUAUUUGCUGUGGCUGAUUUAGCCUACCAGUCUAUGGUUACAUAUAAUUCAGACCAGUGUAUCGUUAUUUCUGGAGAAAGUGGAGCGGGAAAGACAGAAGGUGCUCACCUUUUGGUCCAACAGCUCACUGUCUUGGGUAAGGCCAACAACAGAACACUCCAAGAGAAAAUACUGCAAGUGAAUAACCUUGUGGAAGCAUUUGGAAAUGCCUGCACUAUAAUUAAUGAGAAUUCAAGUCGCUUUGGGAAAUACCUGGAAAUGAAGUUCACGAGUAAUGGAACGGUGGUUGCAGCCCAAAUUUCUGAAUAUCUUCUUGAAAAAUCUAGAGUUGUUCAUCAAGCACUAGGAGAAAAGAAUUUCCACAUAUUCUAUUAUAUUUAUGCCGGACUGUCUGAGAAGAAAAAGUUGGCACAUUAUAAACUGCCCGAUAUUAAGCCUCCCAGGUACCUGCAAAACGAGCAUAUUAAAAUGGUGCAAGAUUUUAUGAAUAAACCCUUCUAUAAAUCCCAGUUUGAAUUAAUUGAACAAUGUUUCAAGGUAAUAGGCUUUUCAAUGGAGGAACUUGGAAGUGUUUAUAGUAUCCUGGCUGCUAUUCUGAAUGUGGGAAAUAUUGAUUUUACUUCUGUGGCAUCAGAGCAUCAAAUUGACAAAAGCCAUAUCAACAACCCAACAGUACUUGAAAAUGCUGCUUCCCUGUUAUGCAUCCAACCGGAUGAGCUGAAGGAUGCUCUGACUUCUCAUUGUGUAGUUACACGGGGGGAGACUAUCAUUCAGCAAAACACUGUUGAAAAAGCAGCAGAUGUGAGAGAUGCCAUGUCCAAAGCACUCUACGGGCGUCUUUUCAGUUGGAUUGUGAAUCGGAUCAAUGCAUUGCUUAAACCUGAGAAGUUAAGUGAAGAUGAUGCUGGGUUUAAUAUUGGAAUUCUUGACAUAUUCGGCUUUGAGAAUUUUAAAAAGAACUCUUUCGAACAACUCUGCAUCAACAUUGCCAAUGAACAGAUCCAGUUCUAUUUCAAUCAACACAUCUUUGCUUGGGAACAGAAUGAAUACUUGAACGAAGAUGUGGAUGUAAGGCUCAUUGAAUAUGAGGAUAACCGCCCAAUAUUGGAUAUGUUUUUACAAAAACCAAUGGGUUUACUCUCUCUUCUUGAUGAGGAAAGUCGAUUUCCACGGGCAACAGAUCAAACUCUUGUAGAAAAAUUUGAAGAUAACCUGAAAUCAAAGAAUUUUUGGAGGCCUAAGAGGGUGGACCUGACAUUUGGGAUCCACCACUAUGCGGGGAAACUUCUGUACAAUGCGAGUGGGUUUCUGGAGAAAAACAGAGACACUUUGCCAGCCGACAUAGUGCUACUCCUUCGCUCUUCAGAAAAUAGUCUGAUUCGGAUAUUAGCCUCCAAUCCUCUGACUAAAACGGGGAACCUUGCCCAUACAAAAACUAAAGGAGGAACAAGUUUGCAGUCAUGGACGUCUCACAAAUCAUCCAAUCACAGCAAAAGCGAUUUCAGUGAAACAUACCAUCCAAGGGAGACUACCAAUAUGAAAACCCAAACCGUAUCUUCAUAUUUUAGGUAUUCCCUCAUGGAUCUAUUGUCAAAAAUGGUUGCUGGGCAGCCCCACUUUGUCCGCUGCAUUAAACCUAAUAAUGAUCGGCUGGCCAAUAAAUUUGAUCGAGAGAAAGUUCUGGUGCAGCUGCGAUACACCGGCAUCUUAGAGACGGCAAGAAUCCGAAGAUUAGGCUACUCACAUCGCAUACUUUUUGCUAAUUUUAUAAAAAGGUAUCGCCUAUUAUGCUUCAAGUCUAAUGAGGAUCCUCCUGUAAGCCCAGAAUCCUGUGCAGCAAUACUGGAAAAGGCAAAUGUCGACAACUGGGUCUUGGGAAAAACAAAGGUUUUCCUGAAGUAUUACCAUGCUGAACACCUGGAUCGAAUGAUAAAACACAUUGUUGGUGGAAUUGUCCUUGUCCAGGCCUGUGUCAGGGGGUGGCUGGCUGCAAAAAGAUUCCAAAAAGUGCUAGCAAGAAGGGAAGAAAGUGCAGUGAAAAUACAAUCAGCUUACAGGGGAUAUGUUGUACGAAAGGAAAUGGGGCACAUACAGAGUGAGAAGAUGAUGGAGCACAUUAUAACACAAUUUCAGGCCUAUGCUAGAGGGUAUCUAGUGAGGAAGAGAAUAAAAGAACAACACGAGAACGAUGCGGCGAUAACAAUCCAAUCUCACUACCGAGGUUUCAAGGAGAGAAAGAGUUUUAAGAGAAAGAGAGAAUCAAUGAAGUCAAAACAAUGCAAAACCCCAGAGAAUGUGGAGCCAGAACAAAACAGCGAGGAGGAAAUUAUUGCUGAAGGUAAAAGUGAAGAAGAAGCGGCUGUGGUUAUCCAAAGUCACAAAGAAAGGAAGGAAAUGAAUGAGCCCCAUCAGAGUAAUGGGGCAGUCACGGCACCGGAGGCUGAAGAUACUGUGGAUUUGGAUACAGGUCCUAAUAACAACGAUGAUACCGAAAAGGAUUCUAGAGAAGACCAAGCUGCCACAGUAAUCCAGAGCAACUAUCGUGGCCAUAGAGAUAGAAAGAAACUUAAAGAGAGAAGUGGCCAUGAAAUAAAUCCAACCAAAACAGACUCAAAUAAUCCAACCGAGGAGUUAAUACAGGCAAAUGGAAUUCAAGGCUCAAAUAAUCCAACCGAAGAAUUAAUACAGGCAAAUGGAAUUCAAGAGGGUCAACAAGCAACCAAUGGGAAAUCACCUGAACCAGAAACAACCUUGCCGUCAAAUCAAGAGGAUGUAGUAAAGCAAAACGAGAAAGUUGAUUCUCCAGCAGAAGACAAUGAAGAGGAAGCCGUGCCAAGCACUUCGGAAAAUGACCAACAUGAAGAACUCCUAGAGGAUACAGACCGGGAUAAAGCAGCUGUGGUAAUACAAAGUAAUUAUCGAGGGCACAAAGAGAGAGAUAAGCUAAGGAAAGAAGGCAAAAUCCCAGCAAAAAAGGGUAAAGAUGAAAAAACCAACAUAAAAGAGAAAAAUAGUGAAAAUGAAACACUGAGUGUGCUCAAGGAAAUUGAAGAUUUGGCUGCUUUUACCGAAGAGAUCUCAAAGUUAUCUGAAAAGUACCUGAUCCUGCAGCAAACGCUUAAUGAAAUGAUCUUGUUAAACCUGCUAAAACCGGAAAAUACAGCGACUUACAUAAAGAAGAAAACAAACGAGUCUCAAUCUUGUGAAAAUGAAAUAGUUAUAACGAAACAAGUAGACGAUGUCAAGCCGCAGAGGGUCCCAAGAAGACAGAAGCCAAAGACCCUGAACAGUUCAGAUGAGGCUACCUACUACAGUCUAUUACAUUUGCCAGUCAAAGACGAAAAGAGAAAACCAAGGAAAGACAGCCCAGGCAAAGUACUAGAAUCUGAAGAUUAUUAUAAAGAAAUUUAUUCAAGUAAUUCCCUGUCAAUCAACAAAUGCGAUGGGGUUUCUGCCACGGAGUUUCCAGACUUAAACCCAAGUGAAAGGUCAUUGGGUGCUGAAGAACCUCCGCCAGAAACUGAUGAUGAUGGUAAUCCAUACGACUAUAGGAGACUGCUUCGAAAAACCUCUCAGCGGGAGCGCCUUAUACAGCAUUUUUAAUGGAGACCUUUUUGUAACUUUUUUUUUAUCAGUAGAGUAAUGGAAGGAGGCCUUUGCAGACUGUUAUAUCUGUUAUGUUUUGAAAUCUUUAUGUAAUAACUGUGCAAAUAAGCUUUAACAUGAUGAUGCGAUGGCACAAUAAUUUAUAUGCAAAUAAAGCUUCUUAAUAUGUC